AUCUCCUUAAUCCUACGCCCGAACAUGAAAAACGUAAACAUAAGCUUAAAAGGCUGGUGCAAAGUCCAAAUUCCUACUUUAUGGACGUAAAAUGUCCAGGUUGUUUUAGCAUCACGACUGUAUUUAGUCACGCUCAGACAGUCGUAUUAUGUGGAUCCUGCGCUAACGUUUUGUGCCAACCAACUGGUGGUCGUGCUCGUUUAACUGAAG